UCCCAAAAUUAUUAUGCAGUUUAAGAUUUCACUUUUAGUAUAAUUUGAACUAGAAAUGAAAAGUCAAACCGGACAAUAAUUAUGAGACAGGAAGGAAGGGAUACUAUACUAUCUCUCUCUCUCUCUAAAUAAAAGCUCUCUCUGCAACGAACGUUUCUUUCCAACGCCCCUGUCCCAACGGCUAACUCCGACAUGGAGGGCGGCCACCACAAUGGCGGCCAUGGGCAAGCUCCACCUGCCAAUCACCAAUUGAACUUCAUACAAGCUUUAUCCGGCCCAAAAAACUCAAAUCCGAGCUCUUCAAUUGCCGGCAAACACAAAGGGGAAAUCGCCAUCAAAUUCCCAACUCCACUGGUAGCUAAAUACUCUGAACCAUAUCAAUAUGCUUUGGUCGGUAAGUUUCCUCAUGGUCGUCCUACCCUUGAAGUCAUCCAAAAUUUCUUUAUUUCGCAAGAUCUAGCUACAACUUUUACUGUGGGUCUGAUGGGUAGCAAACAUGUUCUCUUGAAUUUUAAUUCCGAAAAAGACUUGUUAAGAAUUUAUUCUAGGAGCAUAUGGUAUAUUGAUAGUAAGCCCAUGAGAAUCUUCAAGUGGACACCAUAUUUUCAUGUCGAUAGAGAAUCAUCAAUUGUUCCACUGUGGUUCAAGCUUCCCAAACUACCAGUUCACCUAUCCAACAAGGAAACUUUGUUCGACAUUACAAAACAAUUUGUUACCCCCUUGAGAAUUGACUCUGCUACUCAAAAUGGAAGGAGACCAAAUGUUGCUACAAUACAAGUUGAAGUCGAUCUUCAAAAAGAAAUCCCAAAAAGAAUAUGGAUGGAAAUAGGAGACUCUUUUGGCUAUUGGCAACCAAUUGAGACUGAAGAAAUGCUCCCUGCUUAUUGUAAUUAUUGCUGGCAUUUGGGGCACUCUGAAUAACCUGUCAAGUCAAAAAUCCAAAUUUGAAGAAAGCAUCCUAGCAACCCGGCCGACAAGUGGUUGACAAAGCAAAUACUCAACACAAAGAGCAGCAAACCAAAGUUGACAAUCAACACUUAAUUUCCUCCAGUGAAGUUAAUGCAUCCGGAACUAGUGUAUCUAUGUUGGAGAAAGAGAAAAUCCCAACCGAUGUCCCAAACGCCUCAAAUUUAUCGCAAACAUUAGCUCAUGACAAAUCAGAUGUCCAGGUAACUGAUGUUCCUAAAAGUUCUUCACUUGCUACAUUUGAUGAAGGUACAAAUGAACAUAUUGAGCAAUUGGAGCCAAACGAUGACACCAACAUGGUUAUGGAGGCCUAUGUUACCUGGACUCGGAUACGGGGUGUCGUAUCGGGUGCGGGGAUCUGAGUGUCCGACUCGUUAAUAUUUUAGAAAUAUUGGACAUUUUAGGCU